GCCCGGCCCUUCUUUCAGGUCCCGGAACAGGUUGCACAGCACACACGGGUGGGGCUCUUGUCCUUCCCACACACACUAACUCCACCCGCGCAAAGACGCACAGCAACUCGGACGGAGCAGCUCACUCGACGGUGAUCACCUUCCUCCGCUUGUCUCGGUUUCCACACGCCGCCACUCGCCCGUCGCUAUGUUUCGCUGCGGGAUCGCCUACCCCCGCUGCAGGUGGAUCGUCCCCCUGCUGCUGCUCUUCGCCAUUAUUUUCGACAUCAUCGCCAUCGCCGCCACCUCCGGAUGGGUGGAGGACGAGGACGCCGAGUCCCACUACGCCAGCAUGUGGGAGCAGUGCCGGGGCAGGAACGACAUCUGGCACUGCAUGUCGCUCACGGACGAGUUCUCUUGGGCCAGAGCAGUGGCUGCCCUGAUGAUCAUCGGCCUCCUCAUCCUCAUCGUCGCCUUCAUCCUCUCCUGCGUGGCUCUGUGCUGCUCGCUCAACAUCUCUCUUCUGCCUGUCAUAGCAGUAAUGUUGAUUGUUGUCGUGAUCCUCCAGGUCAUCGCUCUCAUCGUCUACCCCGUCAAGUUCAACGAGCAGAUCUUCGAGGGCCACUACUACUACACCUGGGCCUACGGCUUCGGCUGGGGCGCCACCAUCCUCUGCAUCGGCUGCUCCAUCCUCUUCUGCUGCCUGCCGCGCUAUGAGGACGAGCUGGCCGGCCUGGCCAAGACCAAAUACCUCUACACCUCCGCUUAGAGACAUUUCCUGCACACCCGCCCAGUCGCAGCCGCGUCCGCUUAACACUCUGAGCUGGAUGUUGUCCCGGCCAUUAAACAUGUACAAUUUCAUCAUACAUCCACGAUGCUGCAGUUAAAAUCAGUUCAGCGGUGGAAAAAAACCUCAUCUACCAUCCGAGAGUGAAGUCAGAAGUCAGGCGUGAUUCUUAGCGGAAGUGGACUGUGAUUGGAUGCUUCAACCGCUUUAAUGUACUGACCUCUAUUUUUUUAGAUUAAGUCAGCGUCAUUAAUGUUUUUUAACCAUGCUAUUUUUUUACACAUUCAACAUAUUGCUCACUUUUUACCUGUAGUCGUCAAUGCAAGAUCACCCAAGUGCACUUAACCUGAGGGGACGUCUUCAAGUGUAAAGCUUCGUUUUCUCCUGAUUUAUCUUAGUGCUCAUAAAAACUUUGAUAAAAGAGCAAUCGAGGCUAAAAUUUCUGCUCAGAAUACUAAAGAAAUCGUUAAUCAUUUGUUUUUGUGCGCUAAAAUGAGAGUUUCCCAUUCUUCAGUGUGUCUUUGCUGUGCGUAAGGAGGCAAAGGCCUAGACUCAGCAGCUGAAUGUAAUCUAUACAUAUGCUAAUAUAUGUAGUUUUAGCUCGUUUGCACCUUUUUUAUGCAUUUUUCUAUAAUUCUCGUUUGCUGUCUCCAGGUUUUUUGAAUUCUUACUGACUUAUUACCAAAGGGGUAUCACUGUGGAGUUUGCUGUGCUGUCUUCGUCCCUGUUUUGAACACUAUUAUUUUCAUUCUUCAUGCGUCGGCGCGGAGGUGUGAUGCUUGAUAUGCUAGCGAGGAGGAGACGUGUGAAUUUUCUGACUUGGCCGCAGUUGUUGUUUCUGUCAUUUUUUGCUGGAAGCAAAUUUAGAUUCAGUUUCAAUUGAACUUGAGAAUGAAUCUGUUUACCUGACCACGAUUUUACUUCCCCCCCCCCUCUUAUAAUUCCCUCAAGGGUUCAGUUCAUGUAGAAUUUGUACAAUACUGCAAUAACGGUCCAAAUGUAUGGGAACAAUAUGAACUCUCAUCCUGUGUUUUCCAUGUCUUUGCUUCAAAGGGGGUGCAUUUAGAGAAACGACCAAAAUAUUUUUCAAUUGAGUCCCUUGGGAAAAAAAAACACUAAAAGUAUUCAUGCUUUGAUGCCAUCGUCUGGUUUGAUGAGACUAUGAGACAGAGGUAUAAAAUCCUCAGGCUUCUUCUUCUGCUGUGUCGAAUGUAUUAUCAAACUGGUCAGUCUGGUUUCACUGACUCUCACUUGUUCACAGUUACAUUUUUGCUCGGACCAGUUUUCUGCCUGAACACGACCAAAUAAUAUUGUUUCGUUACAUGAGCGUACAAAGGGAAGAUCUGUGACUGAUUUACGAUAAGCAUUAGCGUGAGAGUGGAUUCAGGCAGGUCUACACUUGAAGAAACUCCGUCUGUGUGUCUCAAACUAACUUUUAUCUACAGGAGUGAAUCUGUUUCCAGCUCCGACUCUAAAAAACAAAAAAAUCCUCAUUAGUUUGGGUAAAAACUGUCACUUUCAUCCACUUCUAGAAAUCUCCCAGCUAUUUUCUGCUGUAGUAUGAACUGAUUAUUUUUGGUAGUCUGUACAUUUUUAUUCAAUAAAGAAUUACAGUAUUUUGAA